CGACGAGGACAAGAAGCAUCUCUCGGCCGGACAAGAUGCUGGGGCUCGGCCGCCUCCUCUUGGCCGCCUUGGCCACGCUCUUCGCCAAAGUUACAGAGAGCCGGGGGAUCCUAGAAAGCAUCCAGAAAUUCUCCUUGCUGCCGACAUACUUGCCUGUGAGUUAUCACAUCCAUAAUGCAGACGUCUCCUUUUUUCUUAAAGAAGCCAACCAGGAUAUCAUGAGGAACUCUAGUCUACAGUCCCGAGUGGAAUCCUUCCUCAUCUAUAAAUCAAAGCGGCCUCCUGUAGUGAAGGCAACGUAUGGACCCUUUUCCAUUGAACAAGUGGUUCCCCAGGAUCUUUUGUCCCCUUCAAAUUCAUUUGGAUCCACUGCUCCCAAGUUCUCUUUUAACUGGAAGCUGAAGGCGUACAUCAUGAACAACAAAAUCUAUCCAAGUAGACCCAAAGUCCAAAUACUCUUCUAUAUUGUCGGGAGGGACUGGGAUGAUUACAGUGUCACUGAAAAGCUGCCAUGCUUAAGGGUCUUUGCUUUUCGAGAGACAAGGGAAGUCCGAGGCAGCUGUCGACUGAAAGGGGCUCUCGGCCUGUGUGUGGCUGAGUUGGGACUUCUUCCCAGCUGGUUUAACCCACCGACAGUGGUCACAGGCCGUAAGAAACUCCCGAAUCAGUCAGAAGGGAGUCCGGUGGAACUUUACUAUGCUAUCCAACAAGGGGAUGAGAAAGGGGAUUGUGCAAAGGAGGAUCCAAAGAAGGACAAUGGGAUCAGACCUGGACGCAAUGAGAUCGAUGAAUCAGGGCCCCCUUUGCAGAGAAUUGGUAGUGUUUUUCUUUACCAGUCACGAGGCAGCCCUUCCUUGAGCGAAAUGCGGCUGGAUAGUAAUAUUGCUAUCCAGUAUAUACCAAAGACUGUCAAGCAAGGAGAUGUCUUGACCUUUGUGGUAUCUAUUGCUCCAAACGCAACAGUGGACCAGUUCACACUGAGGGCAAAGGUGAAGAAAGGUGUGAAUGUUUUCAGCAUACGAGCCAGCAAUCCAUACACAUGGGACGUGCAAAAGAGUGUGGAUUAUAUUGGGAAAUAUGCACCGACGGUUAUAUUUUGCCGAAGGAAAUCAACUCCCUUGGGGAAAAGUAUGACUGCUCCUCCCUCUGAGAUAAUGCAGAUUGAUUUUGAAAUUGAGGAUCUUAGUGAAUUGCCGGAGACUCAGCUUAUUACGUGGCAAGUUGAAUAUCCAGGAGACAGAACAUCUGACCUUGGCAUCUCCAAGAUUUAUGUAAGCCAGAAGGAUCUGGUUGCUGUUCUUCCAUUGGCUAUGGAAGCAGAGAUCUUGAACACUGCUAUUCUCACUGGGAAAACUGUAGCUGUCCCUGUCAAAGUGGUCUCAGUGGAAGAUGAUGGAACUGUCACCGAUCUUCUAGAAUCAGUAGAAUGCAGGUCCUCUGAUGAAGAUGUCAUUAAGGUCUCUGACAGAUGCGACUAUGUCUUUGUCAAUGGGAAGGAAAUGAAAGGCAAAACGAGCGUCCUUGUCCAUUUCAUGUACCAGCAUCUGAGUGCUGCUCUGGAGAUGACCGUGUGGGUGCCCCGCCUCCCCCUGCAAAUUGAGGUUUCUGACACAGAGUUGAACCAGAUCAAAGGGUGGAGGAUCCCCAUCGUUUCAAAUAAAAGACCAGCUCGAGACAGUGAUGAUGAAGAAGAGGAUGAGCGGAAGGGAAAAGGCUGUACCCUGCAGUAUCAACAUGCUAUGGUGCGAGUUCUCACACAAUUCGUAGCUGAGCCCUCGGAUCCAGGUGGGCAAAUGGCCUUUCUGCUGGGCUCAGACUGGCAGGUUGACAUCAGCGAGCUGGUGAAUGGUUUCAUUCAGGUGGAAGAGCCAAGAAUUGCCAAGUUGCAAGACGGACUCGUGCUGAUUGGACAGGAGCUAGGAAUGACAACAAUUCAGAUUCUGUCCCCACUUUCUGAUGCCAUCUUGGCUGAGAAGACAGUGACAGUUCUUGAUGAAAAGGUGACCAUUACUGACCUGGGAGUCCAAAUCGUGACUGGCCUUUCGCUCUCCUUACAAUUAAGCCCAGGAAGCAAUAAAGCCAUCUUUGCCACAGCAGUAGCCCAAGAGAUCCUUCAGACACCCAAACAGGAAGCGGCUAUCAGUUGCUGGAUCCAGUUCAGUGAUGGAGCAGUUAUGCCCUUGGAUAUUUAUGACAUCAAGGACUUCUCAUUGGUGGCUACUUCUCUGGAUGAGAAAGUGGUCUCUGUUCACCAGAGCCCCAAAUUUAAAUGGCCUUUGAUUAUGGCUGAAUCAGAAGGCCAAGGUCUGUUAGUAAAGGUGGAAAUGGUGAUCAGUGAAUCAUGCCAGAAAUCCAAGAGGAAGAGCAUUAUGGCCAUUGGAACUGGGGAUAUCAAGGUCAAAUUUGGACAGAGCGAUGCCAACCCCAACACCAGCGAUAGCAGGCAAGGUGCAGCAGGUGUGAACCUGGAAAAUCAUACUAGUGAUAGGCGUCAGAAGAUUACUCUAAAGGAAAGGUCUCGCCAAGAUGGAUCAUAUUACAGCUCGUCAGUGGGUCAAGAGGAAACAAGAGGGGCCAGCACUCAGAAAUCCAUUCUAAGUAGAAAAGACGAUCGUGGGAGUCUUUUGGAUGAUGAUGGUCAUAUGCAAAACAUCCCAGUAGACUUCACCAGCUUCCCAGUACAGGUGGAUUUGCCCAGGAACGAUGGCGAUUUAGAAGAGAAUGACCUUGUCGAGACACCCAGGAGCCUAAGUGACUUGGAGAUCGGAAUGUAUGCUCUGCUAGGAGUCUUCUGUUUGGCCAUUCUCGUCUUUCUUAUCAACUGUGUCACCUUUGCUUUGAAGUACCGUCACAAACAAGCACCCUUUGAAGAGCAAGAAGGCUUGAGCCAUUCUCAUGACUGGGUAGGAUUGAGCAAUAGGACAGAACUGCUGGAGAACCACCUCAAUCUCUCCACCCAGCAGGAAGAGUGUAUUACAGCUGUUGAUCGAGGGAUGGACUUAGAAGAAAGCAAAUACCUCCUCAAUGUCAAUGCCCAGAAGACCCUCAAUGGCCAAAUCUUCCACUCCUCAGACUCUGCCCCAUGCCCUGUAGGGAAGGAACAGAAGAGCGAGCAGGCGGCCUCACCCACUUCCAAGCGAAAACGAGUUAAGUUCACCACUUUCACCACCAUCUCUUCAGACGAUGGGUGUCCCACUGUCAAUUCCAUCAUGACAAGCAGUGAGGAUGAUAUCAAAUGGGUUUGUCAGGACAUGGACCUGGGGGAAUGCAAAGAACUGAGAAAGUAUAUGGAACGGCUACAUGAAAAUGCCUAAGAUUACACUGGAAACUGUUCUGCUUUUGUUUGUUCUUUCUUUUUUCCACUCACCUUUCUGCCUUUAAUUUGGGGUAUUGGGGCAAAUAAAACUAAAACAGUACAAACAUUUGUGAACAAUCAAAAUGGUGUGGGAGAGGUCCCCAGACGGCAGCUCUUACCUGUGCUCAGUGGCUCUUACGUAAGAUGCUUGGGAAAUAUUCUGAUGCAAAGCAACAUACGUGGGAAAAUAAAAAUUGUUUAAAAAAGA